AUGUUUGAGGAGCAGGUGUCGGGCGGGACGGCUGCGGCGCCGGGGGGCCCAGGGCCGAUGACCGCGGGCGGCCCCGGACCCAUGGGAGGCGGCCCCGGCCCCAUGGGCGGUGGUGGCAUGAUGAGUGGCGGCGGCCCGAUGGGUGGCGGCGGCCCGAUGGGUGGCGGCUUCCAGCGGCCACCUGGCAUGAUGGGCAUGCAGGGGUCAGGCGGCAUGAUGGGCGGCGGCAUGAUGGGCGGCGGCAUGAUGGGUGGCGGCAUGAUGGGCCCCAGUGAGUGGCGCUGGGUGUGA